AUGGCGCGCUUCCUCUGCGCACUCAGGAGCCUUCCCUUCCGAGAAGUGCCCAGGUGGGCGGUGCGGGGCUGAGUGGACCGGGGCGGCCUCAGCCUGAGUACCGGACCUGGGGACGCAGGGUCCCUUACAAAGCGGAAGCCGGUUCUCUCCAAGAGUGAGUGGCAGAAGAAGCUGACUCCAGAGCAGUUCCAUGUCACAAGAGAAAAAGGGACGGAACCGCCUUCCAGUGGGAUCUACCUGAAUAACAAGGAAUCAGGAAUGUAUCACUGUGUUUGCUGUGACAGCCCACUCUUCAGCUCUGAGAAAAAGUACUGCUCGGGCACUGGAUGGCCUUCGUUUUCUGAGGCCCACGGGACGUCUGGCUCUGAUGAGAGUAACACAGGGAUCCUGCGACGUGUGGACACCUCGUUGGGACCAGCUCGCACAGAGGUCAUCUGCAAGCAGUGCGAAGCUCACCUUGGCCAUGUGUUUCCUGAUGGACCUGGGCCUACUGGUCAGAGGUUUUGCAUCAACAGUGUGGCACUCAAGUUCAAACCAAGCAAACACUGACUAUCUCCAAGAGUCCCCUUCCCUCGCCACUCCCUCAUUUCCAAACUCAAUUUUCAUAAUUUAUGUGAAUGGCUAGUUUUAU